CCUCAGCCUCCGACCUCUUCGCCCCGGCCAGCAGGUCCGCGGGGCCGGCGUCCUGUACGGCCCCAGGAGACGCCCUUUUUCUGUGCGCCCAGGACUUGGUGAAACUUUGCAGGCGCCCGCGGUGAAAUGGAUUUAAUCCAAGGCAUCUUGUUCCGGCUCUUGCUCCUGGCUUCCAGCCCCAGACCCGGCUUUGUGUCGCUUGGAGAAGCUCUUCGAAAACCAGGCAAGGUGGGGCCUGCCCUGCAUGUCAUGCUGGACCCGUUGAACUGCACGGCUUUCAGCGUCCAGUGGAAGACGCCCAGGCAUCCUCGGCACCCCGCCGCGGGGUACACAGUCUCCUACAGAGCGGUCGGCGCGGAUGAGCCCCCGCAAGAGCGGCGCCGGGGCCUGCAGCCCAGCCAGGACGCGGCCACCCCUGGCCAGCCUGGUCAUCAAGUGAUUUUUGAGGAGGUGAUCGGAGAUUUGAAACCAGGCACCGAAUACGAAGUAAAUGUGGCAGCUUCCAGCCCGACAGGCAAAAGGUGGCUUAGCUCUUCGCAGCACGUGACCACCUUGCCCCAAGAUUCCUGCCUGCCUCCCACAGCACCCCAACGGCCGCACGUCACCGUGGUUUCUGAGUCCGAGGUGGCUCUGUCCUGGAAACCGGGAGAGAGUGAAGGAAGCUCCCCUAUUCAGUACUAUUCUGUGGAAUUCAUCAGACCAGAUUUCGACAGGAGUUGGGCCUUAAUCCAAGAGCGCAUCCAGAUGGACUCCAUGGUUAUCAAGGGCCUCGAUCCGCAUACCAACUAUCAGUUCUCCGUGAGGGCCAUCAAUCCCCACGGCCCCAGCCCCCGCAGCCAGCCCAGCGACACCGUCCGGACCUCCCGCCCUGAGGAGGCGGGAAGCGGCCGCUAUGGACCCCAUUACAUAACCAGCUCAGGCAUCAGUGAGGAUGACGAUGGAUUUGAAGACGACUUAGAUUUGGAUAUUUUCUUUGAAGAGGUUAAACCACUUCCUGCUAUCAAAGGGGGGAAUGAGAAAUUAUUGGUGGAAUCCAAGAUCGCGCCAAGAGCAACCCCAAAGGCCAUUUCCAAGCCCGCGCCCCCUACCCCGGCGUCUCUCCCCACGACGACGGAGGCCCCCCAGCCCACUCCAGGGAAGAGGGAAGACCUGAGAGGCGCGCCCAUGAUGCCCCGACUCUUCGACAAGUCUUGCGAUGAAACCCUCUGCCCCAUUGACAGCUUCUGUGCCAAUGACUACAGCUGGGGGCGCUCACGGUGCCACUGCAACCUGGGCAAAGGCGGCGAGAGCUGCUCAGAAGACAUCGCUAUACAGUAUCCUCAGUUCUUCGGCUACUCUUACGUAACCUUUGAACCUUUGAAGAAUUCCCAUCGGGCAUUUCACAUCACUCUUGAAUUUCGGGCAGAGGCGGAGGACGGCUUACUGCUCUACUGCGGGGAGAACGAGCACGAGAGGGGCGACUUCAUGUCCCUGGCCCUCACCCAGCGUUCCCUCCAGUUCAGAUUUAAUUGUGGAACUGGAGUCGCCAUCAUCGAAAGUGAGAGCAAAAUCAAACUGGGGGGCUGGCACGUGGUGACGCUCUACAGAGACGGGCUGAACGGGCUGCUGCAGCUGAACAACAACACGCCGGUGACAGGCCAGUCCCCGGGCCAUUACAGUAAAAUUACCUUCCGGACGCCUCUUUAUCUUGGUGGGGCUCCCAGUACUUACUGGUUGGCCAGAGCCACCGGAGCCCACCGAGGCUUUCAGGGCUGCGUGCAGUCGCUCACAGUGAAUGGGGAGAGGAUGGACUUGAGGCCCUGGCCCGUGGGGAAGGCGCUCAGCGGGGCCGACGUGGGUGAGUGCAGCAGCGGGAUCUGCGACGAGGCCUCCUGCGUCAACGGCGGCACCUGCACGGCGGUCAGAGCUGACUCCUACAUUUGCCUCUGUCCCCUUGGAUUUAAAGGUCGACACUGCGAGGAAGCGUUCACCUUGGCCAUCCCUCAGUUCAGAGAGUCCCUGAGAUCCUACGCUGCCACGCCCUGGCCCCUGGAGCCCCGGCAUUACCUUUCCUUCACGGAGUUUGAGAUCACGUUUCGGCCGGACUCGGGCGACGGCGUCCUCCUGUACAGCUACGACACGGGCAGCAAGGACUUCCUGUCCCUCAACAUGGCAGGCGGCCACGUGGAGUUCCGCUUCGACUGCGGCUCUGGGACUGCUGUUCUCAGGAGUGAAGACCCCCUUGCCCUCGGCCACUGGCACGAGCUGCGUGUGUCUCGCACGGCGAAGAAUGGCCUCCUACAGGUGGACAAGCAGAAGGUGGUGGAGGGCAUGGCGGCGGGUGGCUUCACACAGAUUAAUUGCAACACGGAUAUUUUUAUUGGCGGAGUCCCCGAUUACAACGAGGUGAAGGACAAGUCGGGUAUCCGCAAGCCAUUUAGCGGGAGCAUCCAGAAGAUCACCCUGAACGACCGCGCCGUCCACGUGAAGCAUGGCCUGAGCUGGGGCGUGAACGUGGAGAACACGGCCCACCCCUGCGUGGCGCGCCCCUGUGCGCACGGCGGCAGCUGCCAGCCCCGGAAGGAGGGCUAUGAGUGUGACUGUCCCUUAGGCUUCGAGGGUCUGCACUGCCAGAAAGCCAUCACAGAAACCAUUGAGACGCCGCAGUUCAUCGGCCGCAGUUACCUGGCCUAUGACAACCCAGACAUCCUCAAGAGGGUGUCAGGGUCAAGGUCAAAUGUGUUCAUGAGGUUCAAGACGACUGCCAAAGAUGGCCUGUUGAUGUGGCGGGGAGACAGCCUCGUGUCCAGCAGUGACUUCAUUUCCUUGGGCCUUCGGGAUGGAGCCCUGAUGUUCAGCUAUAACCUGGGCAGCGGCGUGGCAUCCAUCACAGUGAACGGCUCCUUCAACGAUGGGCGGUGGCACCGGGUCAAGGCUGUUCGGGAUGGCCCAUCAGGAAAGAUAACCGUGGAUGACUACGGGGCCAGGACAGGCAAGUCUCCUGGCACCAUGAGACAGCUCAAUAUCAACGGAGCUCUGUAUGUGGGUGGAAUGAAGGAAAUUGCUCUGCGCACUAACAGGCAGUACCAGCGAGGCCUCGUGGGCUGCAUCUCUCACUUCACCCUGUCCACCGAUUACCACGUUUCCCUCGUGGAAGACGCCGUGGACGGGAGAAACAUCAACACCUGUGGAGCCAAGUAACGCCAGCUGGCCUUGCCCAAGGGACCGAGCAUUCUGUCUUGAGAAUCCCGGGGCCCCGAGGCCCUGCCUGAUGCCAUACACCGAGGCAUGGGGCCAGCUGUGUUUCCUCUCAUCAAGGGGAAGUGCGCCCUGGUGAGAAGCUAGAACCCAGACAGCAGUCCCUGUGUGGCUUUUCCUGCUGAUACUCUGUGGGCCAAACCCAGCGGAAUCUUCUGUGUAGGAAGCACCGAACUUUGUCCGUUGAAUGUGCAGUGGCUGCCAGAGAUCACACACCAGGCCAAUUCCGGAGCCUGUCUGCUGUAGCUCAAUGACUGCAUUGUGAGUCAUAGUGCGUUAAACAAAGACGAGAGAGAGGCCCAAAGGGCAGUAUUAAAAUACUUCUCUCCUUCCCUGACUCAUGACACUUACUGACAGCAGAACGACUGUGUGACCUUGAACCUGGAAUUUCUCACCUUGGCCCAUGAAUGAUUAGGGUUAAUCCCUUCCACUCCUCACUGGCUGUUUCAAUGUGCUCUGACUAUCCCAUGAAAAUAAGGGUGCGGGGAGACUAAAUGUAAACUCAUAAUCAUAAUGCCGCCCCCUGAAGUUUACCUUUAGUGAGAAUUCCCUACUUUUUCUAAUGCUAAUCUAAGAAAAUGGGCGCCCUGAUUUUGUAGCUGUCCUUUUAUAUGUGUAUAUUUUUAUAGCUGCAGAUUGUCCACACAGUAUAAUUUUGCAAGUUUGGGUGGACAGCCCCGAGUUCUUUGCACAGUCCCUGAAAAUGCUCUCCCAGAGCAGGCUUGCUGGGCCCUUGGUGGCAUCCGUGGAGUGGGGUAGGUGACUCGGGGCGGGCGCACUCUUGGGGAGCUGACCGUUCUCCUUCAGGGAAUG